AUGCCAGAUCUCCAACAGCUCUCAUGUGAGGCCAAUAACUCGGCCAUCGUCCGAGUCUACAACGGGACUAUCAUUGGUAAACACUCAGAAAACUUCAACCAGGAUCACUUUCUUGGGGUCCCAUUUGCGCAGCCGCCGAUCGAUGAUCUUCGCUUCCGAAUCCCGCAAUCGCUGAACACCACCUUCGCGAACAGUCUGUAUCAUGCGAUUGAGUAUGCUCCAGCCUGUAUUGGUUACGGAGCUGGAGAGUCGGAGCUUCCUCUGUCAGAAGACUGCCUCUAUCUCAACGUCAUCCGACCGUCGGGACAUGAAAAUACUCCCCUACCUGUUGGUCUCUGGAUUCAUGGAGGUGGCUUCACAACUGGCGGCACCCGUAUGCCUGGGUACAACCUCAGUCACAUUGUCGAAAACUCUGUUCGGAUCGGCAAGCCAAUAAUUGGUGUCUCAAUUGCUUAUCGUCUGUCCGGCUGGGGCUUCCUUGCUUCGCAAGAAGUCUCUGGUCAGGGACAAACUAACAUCGCGCUCAGAGAUCAGCGUCUCGCGAUGCAUUGGAUCAAGGAGAAUAUCGGAGCCUUCGGUGGCAACGCCGAUAAAAUCACAAUCUGGGGUGAAUCUGCGGGUGCGGCUUCGGUCGGGUUCCAACUCACAGCCUACAAUGGCCGAGACGAUAACCUGUUCUGGGCUGCGAUCAUGCAAUCCUGCAACCCAAUAUUCUACUUCUCAUUCGAUGUUGAGGCAGCAUAUCAACCAGCUUACAACAACCUGGUCAAUCUUACUGGUUGUGGUGCCGCUAUCAAUACGCUAGAUUGUCUUCGCCAUGCCGACUACAACGUCAUCAACAACUUCUUCAACUCGACACAGGGGAGCAACUGGCAGCCCAUUGUUGAUGGCGACUUCAUCGCUAGAUGGGGCAGUCAGCAAUUGGCCAAUGGUGCAUUCGUCCAUGUACCGAUCAUUGAUGGCGCAAACAGUGAUGAGGGCACCUCAUUUUCUCCUGUCGGGGUCAACACAGCCAAGGACUUUGCUUCAGACGUGACAAUGAUUGGAAAAGUGCCUGGAGAGUCUACUGGAUAUGCUGGCGCAAGUCCAUCAAUUGGAGAGAGUUUCCUCAACAAUUUGCUCGCAGCUUACCCAGAUGAGCCUGAGUACUGGAUUCCUGGUGUCGACGAGCUAGGGAACACAACUACAAAUGAUCCAAGAGGUGCCAUGUAUCGGAGAAGCGCUGCAUACUGGGGCGAUGUACGCAUCGUGGCCAACCGUCGCGGCACAUGCGAAGCUUGGACAGCCGGAGAUACACCUGCAUACUCUUAUCGGUUCAACACCAGAUCCACAGGUACUUCAGUCUUAGCCGGUGUUCCGCAUGCCGAGGAAAUUCCCUACGUCUUCAACAACACUCUUGGACUGAGUAGCGUGACUCCACCUUUAGAUCAGCCCGAUUCGUACCAGCAGCUUGCAAUUCUCAUGAGCUCUACCUGGGCAUCCUUCAUGCAUGAUCGCGAUCCUAACAGCUGGAUGGAGAAAAAUGCGACCUCAGCUCAGUGGCCAGUGUAUACUCUACAAGAUCCGCAAGAGAUUGUUUGGGACGCGAACGUCACGAGUCUCAACUAUGUGGAGAAGGACACUUACAGAUCAAAAGGGUUCGGUUCAUACUCGACCAUGCGUUCGCAUAUAGACGUUAGUCAGAGUUCAUCGAUGUGA